AUGUUAUCGUUCGAUCAUGCAACAUCUUUCAAAUCUCACGAUACAGUGUUGAUCAAUUUUCCUCAAAAAUCAAACGAUUCCGGUGUGUUUACCAAUUAUUUACCCUACGAAGAGAGGAAUAUCGUUCGAAUAAAGGAUAUCGAGGAUGUACCAAAAAAUAACUCGUCCAUGUCGUUAAUGACCGAAUUAACGAGUGCAACAGAGAAUAACAAAGAGGAACAGCAGCAUCCAUUUGAAGUUGGUGGUCGAGAAGGUCGAUAUUAUUAUCGAAGACCAUCUCAUUUGCAAGUCGGAUCCUCUCAACGGGUUUACUCGAGUACAACCGAAAACAUAAGUAAUGUCGAUAAAUCAUUACCCCAAAAGAACACCAUCCAAAUAGAAGAAAUAUCUUGUCGCGAUACGGACGAUGACAUUUUUUUUAAGGCAUCCAUAAAAGCAACUACGAAUGAAUUACCUGUGAUAGAUAACGUGGAAGAUGAGAAGACGUGUAAAAUUGUAAAGAUAAAAAACGAGUACACGAUCAAUUUGGAAAAAGAAAAAUUUCGUCAUUGCGGAGUUGUUGCUUGUUCAACGGAAACCGACAAAUUUUAUUGUCUAGAUUUAAGAUUUCCAUUGAUACCGGGUCUUAGAUUGAAAGAUGAUUCAAAGAUUACGCUACGAUGUAAAGUACAAGAAAAAAUUGCUUCUCGUACGAAACAGAUUAAGAUGAAAACUCUUGACACAUCGGCAAGAAUGGUACCACGUGUUGUUACUGGUGGUUUUCAAAAUACUUUAGAAGUCGAUGUCGGAUUGUUUAGAAAGACAUUUCAUUCUGAUAAAGUAUUUGACACUAGAAUACAAUCUGGUGAUACUCUAAUUUUAGGGGAAGAAGUAUUAUUGCGUGUUCUUGUACGAGAUGGAAACGGUUGGAAAUAUUCGAGAAUCGGUGAAGUGACAGUUCAUUAUAUAGAAAAUAAACAAGGGAAAAAAGUGAUGAAUAGUUUAUGGAUUUUAGACACAAACGGGUGUUUGAAUUCUGACAUUCGAGAGAUUUGUUCUCGAGAACAAUAUCGCAUAUCACCCUUGGAAACUUAUCUUAUCUUUCAAGCAUUCAUGUUCGAAAAUAUGAGAGAGAACGACGAAAUGAUCUUAACUGUUAAAAUAACCGGUUGUUUGGAAGGUGCCGAUUGCAUUUUGAAUUGUCCAGCAGGUCACAACAGAAGAUCUAAAAGAUCUAUUCAAACAUAUAAUAAUACCAUCGAUUGGGAAAAUGAUAUUUCGUUUCGUGUUAAUCUUCCUAAAGAAAAAACUGAUAGAGAAAAUUUCAUUCAAUAUCACCUGAUCGUUCCUUAUGUUUUUAUUGAAGCUUCUACUACAAUUGAUAUUUAA